GGUUCAGACACCUGCCUCCCCUGCCUGCUUCUGGUACCUUCUUCAGAAAUGAAGUAAUGAGCUGGCUGUGUCCGCCAUCUUAGUAGAGCGAGCAUUCUGAGAGGAUGCGGUGGAACACUUUCUGGGGUGUCCUGGGCCUCAGCCUCCUAGCAGUUGGCACUUGCCAGGACGAUACCGAGGACAUUGAAUAUAAAGUCUCCAUCUCAGGAACCAGUGUAGAGUUGACAUGCCCUCUAGAGAGUGACGACAACUUAAAAUGGGAAAAAAAUGACCAGAUACUGCCUAAAAAGAAUGAUAAGCUCCUGGUGCUAGAGGAUUUCUCAGAAGUCGAGGACAGUGGCUACUAUGUCUGCUACAUAGAAGCCUCAAAGAAAAACGCAUACCUGUACCUGAAAGCUCGAGUGUGUGAGAAUUGUGUGGAGGUGGACCUGACUACAGUAGCCAUAAUCAUCAUUGUUGACAUCUGUAUCACCCUGGGCUUGCUGAUGGUCGUUUAUUACUGGAGCAAGAAUAGGAAGGCCAAGGCCAAGCCUGUGACCCGAGGAACCGGUGCUGGUAGCAGACCCAGAGGGCAAAACAAGGAGCGGCCACCACCUGUUCCCAACCCAGACUACGAGCCCAUCCGCAAAGGCCAGCGGGACCUGUAUUCUGGUCUGAAUCAGAGAGCAAUCUGACAGAUAGGAGAGAGAGACAUCGCCUUCUGUGGACCCAGAUCCAGUCCUCCCAGCACCCUGCUACUCCUUGUACUCUGGACAGACUGCAGACUCCGCAGCCUGUUCUUCAGCCUCCCAGUGAACACAUGUCCUAGAAACUUGCUCU